CUCUUUGUCAGUGUUCGACCACUUUACCAUUCACAGAUCAGAUAUACGUUCUCACAAUCGAGUCUGUAAAUUUUUACGUAUAUUUGAGCAUACUGGACCAUUUUCAACACACCGCUUAAAAAUGCUUGACCUUGCUGAUUUUAUCACCGAACGCGGUGGUAACCCGAACAGAAUAAAGGACAGCCAGCGCAAAAGAUAUGCACCCGAACAUGUUGUCGAUGAAGUCCUCGACCUAUAUGAAGAGGCAAGAAGGGCACGCUAUGAAGUCAUGCAGAUCAAUUCCCAGCUCAACGCGCUCCAGAAAGAGAUCGGAAAGAUGAAGAAGAACAAGGAAGAUGCAGGCUCCUUGAUGGAACAAAAGGCUGGCCUUGAGCAGCGUAAAAAAGAUGCCGAGGAACUUGCCGUCCAGAAAGAAUCGCAGAGGGACAAGAAAAUCCGAACAAUUGGCAACAUCGUGCAUGAUUCAGUUCCCGUUAGCAACAACGAGGAUGACAACGUUGUGGUCAAAUCUUGGGUGCCAGAAGACGUGAAGGUAGAGAAGCGCGAUUGUCUGUCUCAUCACGAGGUGCUUACACGUCUUGACGGUUUCGACCCGGAGCGUGGUGUCAAGGUCGUAGGCCACCGUGGGUACUGCUUGACGGGAUAUGGUCUCUUCUUAAACCUUGCGCUCAUCAACUACGGACUUGAGUUUCUCUGGGGAAAAGGCUAUAAACCAAACCAGCCUCCCCAAUUCAUGCUCAAGGAUAUGAUGGCGAAGACAGCGCAGCUCGAGCAAUUUGAUGAGGAGCUUUACAAAGUCACAGAAAGUGAAGACAAGUCCACUGAUAAAUAUCUAAUUGCCACUUCGGAGCAGCCUUUGUCAGCAUUGCAUGAUGGGGAGUGGCUUCAGGACAAAGACCUUCCGAUCAAGUAUGCCGGGUAUAGCACAUGUUACCGCAAGGAGGCAGGCGCGCAUGGGAAAGAUGCGUGGGGUAUUUUCCGAGUUCAUCAAUUCGAGAAGAUCGAACAAUUCGUUCUCACAAAACCGGAAGACUCUUGGCAGGCUUUUGAAGAGAUGAUGGCUACAUCGGAGGAGUUCUAUCAGUCCCUUGGGCUGCCAUAUCAGGUGGUAGCAAUUGUCUCUGGGGCAUUGAACAACGCUGCUGCAAAGAAGUACGACUUAGAAGCCUGGUUUCCUUUCCAAGGGGAGUAUAAAGAAUUGGUUUCCUGCUCCAACUGCACUGAUUACCAAUCGAGGGCGCUCGAGAUUCGUUAUGGCAUUAAGAAAGCCACCGACGUUAAGAAGUCCUAUGUUCAUGCUUUGAAUGCUACUCUCUGUGCCACUGAACGAACACUUUGCUGUGUCCUCGAGAACUACCAGACCGAAGAUGGUAUCGUUGUCCCGGAACCUCUUAGGAAAUAUAUCCCAGGAAUGCCCGAUUUUCUCCCAUUUACAAAGGAACUUCCUAAGGACAGUACCUCUCAGAAGUCCAAGGCCAAGCAGGCUUCGAAGAGCGCGACUAAAGCGGAAGAUGCUUCCGAGAAGUUGCAAAACCUCCAGCUCUGAGUGCUUUCGUCCGGAAAAUCUCACUACCUAUUCAGAUCAAGAAAUGAUCUUCCUGCCGCCCGAAUGCACUUGAUCGUGGCUAAUCCUCAACUUUCAAUGUCAUAGAUAUGGAGCUUGAGAUGGGUUGGUCUUACACUGGCGGUAGAGCUUACCUCUAGAAUUCGUCUUGCUUUCAUUGAUUAUUUGUGCAAUGCUUGACUCCACUUAUACAUAAGUAUACCUCGUAAUA